AUGGCGGAUCGGAAGCCGUGCAAGGUUUGCAACUUUACACGUCAGAAGUCAUAUGGCUUGGUGGUUCCCUCGCUUGAAGAGCUGAAGAUUAAAGGAAGUGAGUUUCUUGGUUUCACAACACAUGACCCAGUCACGGUGGUAUUAGAAGACGAUGGAACAAUAGUCAAGGAUGAGGCCUACUUUUGGUGUUUACCUUUAAACACAAAGUUUAUGCUGCUGCAUGAAAAGGAGACAUGGUCGCCGCUUCGCAGGGUUGAUGGUGGCACAGCAUGGAUGGCGAGGGAUUCUAUGAUGCUUGAGAGCGAUGUUGUGGAUGCCGCUCUUGUUGCUGCUCCAUGGUUGGACUUGGCCUUGCAGCUGAAGCAGGACCUGGCCAGUGUCAUCCUCAUGUCUGAGGAAGACUUACAGAGCUUAGUGGACGUCCCAUGCCCUGAGCUAGCUUCUGCUCUCGGCUUCCCAGAAAAAAAGACUGCAAAUCUUCAAGACACUUUUCAGAGGGUCUUGGACCGUCGGGAGGAGGAGAGGCAAUCCAAAGAGUUGCUGCAGCUAUUCCUCAAAACAGUGGAGAAAGAAGAAGGACAGCCACAGGAGGAGGCCGGUCAGGCCAGUAAGGAAGGUAUUGUGGAUGUGCCUGAUGGGAUGGAGGUUGAUCAAGCAUCUGGAUUCAUUUCCAGGACUUUAAUGGUUCUGAAAGGCAAAACAAGUCCAGAAACCAGACUCUCAACUGAAGAUCUUCAGAUGGUAGUGGCCAAAGGGGUGGAAGUAAUGCAGCAGGUGCUCGGCUGGGACAAAGUUAGGACAUCAACGCUGCUUCAAGACUGCGAGUCCGAGCUAAACCGGCGUCUUCAGCAGGUCCAGGCCGUGCAGUCGAUGAGGGGCAACACGCCGCAGGGGGACAGCAACCAGUCAGCUAAUGAAAAGAAGGGAGACGAAAGUGAAGGAACGUUGCCUUAA